AUGAACAGCUUACUUCGAGGUCGUCUGUUUUCCACAAGCAUUGGUAGAAUGUGCUACAAAUACCAUGCCAGACCUCUUCAUCCUUCCAUCGUUCCUGGCCAACCUGAGAAAAAUCCGUCUCUACCUUUACCUUUACUCAUGAGCCAACCCUUUCUGGCCAUGAACCCAACUGUAGCCUCAGAAGUGGCUCUACCUUCAGUACUAGCUGCGAACCAGACUAUUCUCGACACAAUCCAUGGCGCGGGGUUGCCCUGGUGGGCCACGAUUGUUGUGGCCACGAUUACACUUCGAACCAGCAUGACAUUACCAAUUGCUAUUUAUCAACAACGCAGCAUGAGUAAGAUGAUUGAACUGGCACCAAUGGUCCAAAGUUGGGCAGAAACUCUCAAGGUUUCUGUGGCCAGAGAAUCUAGAGAACUUGGAUAUGAAAAAUAUGCACAAGAACUCAAUAAACAGUAUCGAAAAAAGGUUAAUUAUUUGUACGCGCAUCACGGAUGUGCUCGAUGGAAAGUGUUUUUACUUCCUUGGGUUCAGCUUCCUUUGUUUGCCUCCAUGUCUUUGACCCUCCGUCAUAUGUCUGGGCUGCCUUUACCUUGGUGGGGUCAACUUACGGAGGGUCCUAUUCAGGGACUUGAUUCUGGUGGUCUGUCGUGGUUCGUGGAUUUAACUAUCCCUGACCCGACCUGGGUGUUUCCGGUCCUUAUUGGCGCUGGAAAUCUUCUAAAUGUAGAGUUAAAUGCAUGGUAUGCAAGAGGAACUGCCACACGCACACAAAAGAUUAUGACAAAUGUACUUCGGUGUGUUUCUGUGGCCUUUGUGCCCAUUGCUGCCCAUGUUCCAAUGGCUCUUGGGGUGUAUUGGUUCUCUUCAAGCUGGUACAGUGUUGUUCAAAACCUUACUUUCCGAAUUCCUUCUGUACGCCACAAGCUUGGGUUCCCAAUCCUUCAAAAGCGCAAAUAA